AAUAUGCCUUGCUUCGCCUUUGUCCUCGUCUAUAUGUCCCGUGUUCGUACGAUGUGUGUUUCAGCGAUUAGCGCAUCAAGACUAUUAAGAGGUGGACGGGAUGUCCUGAUGACGCGCGGAGACUGGCUAACGUCAGUGACGAAUCGAGGUGUUGAGAGAUAUCAGGAUGGAGACUGCGCGAACCCGCACACCAUCGAUCUCGAGAUCUGUUGCGCCAAAAUUUUCGCCCCUUAACCAGCAUCCUGUCUCUCCUGCCGCUGAAUCGGAUAAGGCUCAUCCCAUCUUCCCCGAGCACCCUUUCGAAGGACUGUCCCCUACUUUGGCAGGAUAUCCGCGCGUUGUCGAAGCUUUACAAACGAGACGAGCAUCAGUUCAUCCUCACGUGAGCGAAACCAUGCAGAAAGCACUCGAUCACCGUGCCGACUUCUUUGAUGAUUUCUCGUCAGAAUCAGAAUGGGAGGAUAGGAUGAGCAGAACCAUACAGAGUCCGACUGCAAGCUCUGGACCUGGGCUAAGAGACAUUCCCUACGACAUCGACGGCGAUAUUGGAAGUAUUCAGCGCGGAAGGAACAGGCAACGCAGCACUAUCACUCCACUUCCCAGACUCUCAAAUGCGCUUGCAGAUAGCUCAGGUUCGGGGUCUGAUUGCAGCGGAACCAGCGACGAGCAAGUCUCUGUCCGAGGAACGAAUCACGCACGGAAGAUGUCUUUAACACGUCUGGACAAGAACAAUGUACGCCUGGUAGAUUAUACAUCUAUUAGAUCCAGUAUCGACUCGCCAAGACUAUCGUUACGCAGCAACAUGUCUUUACCCAACUCUCCCCUCAUAACAUCGGCCAAUCCAACACCAUUCUCUACAUCAGCAUCUAUAGAAGAUACACUGGCCGCCUUACCGCAGAGCCCAACGUUUCGCAGUCAUCACAGGAGGACUGCGUCGUCAAACAGCACAUCCGAUAGCGUACUCGCAGAUUCCAUCAUCAACGCCCACGUCAUGACCAUGUGCGCGCUCGAAGCCCUAAGCUCAGACCCAAGGAGUAUAGAUUCGAGAAGCAGUGACAUGUCGAAUGCAGCAGGUCGCACAUACCUCCACUCCGCCUCCUCAACCUCAUGGCCCAAAUCAACCUCUUUCUCCGCAAACCGACACGUCAUACUAUCUCCUUUAUCAACCGGUACAGAUCAAGACGACAGAGCGAGCCGACACCACACCGCACAAAUCUACUCCCCCGCCAUCAAAUCACCCAACCCCUUCUCGGUUCCAAAUACCGCAACCACUAACCCCGACCUCCUCUUUCCGAAAGCUAGCUAUAUACCGCAGAAGCACGGUAGAAUCCUGGAUUCCCAUCUUUCUGCCCUCAACCUUUCACUUUCGAAUCGUACGACGGAGGAUUACACGAGAUUAAAUUCGUCGUGUACGAGUGCCUUUCCGUUCGGAGAGGAACCGAAGUCUCCGUAUGAUGACCGGAAGGGGAAGGAAGUUCUCGGCCUUAUGACGGGAAACGGUGAUGAAGUUGAUAUGAGGAGCAGGAGAGAGAGGAAUGAAAGUGCGCAGGGAGUUGUGAGGAGUAGUGCAGAGGAAAGGGGACAUGGCGGCGAUAGGGGAGGGGUGAGUAUGGAAGAGGGGGUGAUAAGGAAGGAACGCACCGUGGACUUUGACGACGAAUCUUUCGCUUUUGGGCUUCGGGUUGCUAAUCGCGAACUGGCUGGCAAUUGGUUUCGGAGGACCUUUAGCGCGAGGACGCUGAGUUGCAUACACAUUGAAAGAACAAGUAUGCGAUAUCAUGGCAGCGGAAAGGCCGACGAUAAUCGCUACAUCCACCCCGCCCUUCAUUCUCCCCAGAACAGCCAAUCCACAACCCCCUCACACGACCUUCUGUCUUUAUACAAGACCCCCCAAAGCGGACGCAAAAAUUAUACCUGGGUAGCAUGGGCCCGACGCAACACCCCCCGCUCCACCACUCCUCUCACCUCCUUUUCACAUCCACAUACCCGCCUAUCCCCAUCAACACCACCACCAACCAUCCACCUCACAUACACGUUAUCGCGGCCCCGCGUCCUCCUCGUCAUGGGCAUUCUUCUCCUCCUCAGCAUUCUCGCGGCCGCAGCAUGGAUUCUAAUUGGUGCUGGCGAGGGGAAACUUGAGAGGAAGGAGUUUAGUCAGAGGGUGGGGUGUGGGAUGGCGAUUGCGGGGUUUGUGCUUGCGGUUGAGGCGUGGGGGUUCGGGGUGUGGGUUGCUUUUUCGUGA